CUCGUGCUUGUCUGAUUUGCUGACAACUAAUAAAUAUUAAUAAGACAAGUUAAAACUCAAACAAAAAAAUAAGAAAUACAGCACUGCGUGGAUUGCUACUACUAUUUUAUUUAGCACAAAGUAUUUUUGUUAUAAUAAUCAAUUGUGUGAUAAUAGAUCCGAUAAGUGCCACAAUAUAUGUGAACUAUUUUCAAAUAUUAUGAAAUGGUUUACGGUUACAAAAUAAUCGUUUGGAAUGUUCAAUAAUUUCAUAUAUAUAUAUAUGCGCGCGCGGGUGUGUGUGUGUGUGUGUACGUGUACAUAACAUUAUGUGAUGGUGAUUUAUUAUAAAAAUCUAUUAUUUCUGAUUUAUAAAUAAUAGUUAUUGAUAUCAGAUAAAAUUACCUUUUCAAGUUACGUUAAUUAUUAAUGUUGCAUUUUGAAUCCAUUUAUUCCCAAUAAUAAAAAAAACACAUUUAUUAUAAGAAUUGUUCUAUUAUUAUUCAGUUAUCAAAUUACUUACUAAUAAUUAAUUAAAUUAACGGAAAUGAUACUCUUUUGAAACUUUUUGAGAUCUGAGGAAUUUUGAGGCACAGUGUUGAUAACUAACGAACUAGAUCUACUUAUUAAUUCUCAGAUAAUUAGUAUUAAGAACAUAUCAAUGGUUCCUUCAAAUAUUAUGCCGUUAAAAGACUCAGAAAAAAAUUUGUGUUCUAACACUGAAUUGAUGAUAAUGCCGAAAAAUCCAUUGAUUCGAAGCAGCACUCCUGUCAAUGAAAGCAAUACUUCGCAGUCUGGUAAUGUUCAAACAGAAAAGACUUCAAGUAUUGAAUGUAUUGUUUGCGGUGAUAAAAGUAGUGGCAAACAUUACGGACAAUUCACAUGUGAAGUUUUUUUACAGAUCUGAUGAUGACGUGGAGAUCGUGUGCCAACUUAUCGUCACGUGUCCACUACCACCACCGUUACGCGUGACACACAUUGACCUGGUAACGCCUCCAGCACCCGUCAUAGACCUUGCGACGCCUCAACCGCUUUUGGUGCAUUUCGUUUCACCAGAGGAGCAAGAGCAACGAGGAAAGGUCGAUGAUCACGACGACGACACCAUGCUUGAUUGCGAGGGCUGAGCCUGCGUAUACUGCGCCGCUAGUCGUUGUAGUCGGCGACCGCAGUGGGUGGAAUCUUCACCACAGCGCGGGAGCAGGUAGUACGUAGAUCGGACCAGACCCGUCAGACAUGUCGUGCGUCGAUUAUUUCAAUCGAGGUCGCCAAUUCCUCACAAUAGCCCCGUAGGAUUAUCCACAUCUGGGAACAUCUCAGAUAUAUUGUGCAAUCUCGUUAUCGCGGGGAAAGAAAGACUGUCGCUCAUGAAUGACCCAGCUGACGGCGCACCACGCUAUAAAAUAGGAAAAUUUUUCCCCGCGGAUAAUGACGACCACAACGAUGACGAUACGAUGACGAUGACAUAGGGAAUCAGUAUAAUGAGCUGAUACCCCUC